AUGCACUCUCUUCAAACACUUUUAUACGCCGGGGCUCUUGCCUCCACGGCUUUGGCAUACCCUACCAUUCACCAACGAGAUUCAACAAACAAACUCAGCGUAUACUGGGGCGCGGAAGACGACACCACCACUUUAUCUGACGUCUGCUCCGACGAUUCCUAUCAAAUCGUCAAUCUUGCCUUUGUUAGUUACUUCAAUGGCGAUGGAGGAUAUCCCACCUUGAGUUUAAGUACUCUAGAUGGGCCCUCUCAAGCACAACAAGAUGCCGGCGCAACCUCCUUGCAAGAUGGUUCAUCUCUAGUUGAUAGUAUUCAGGCAUGCCAGUCUUCUGGAAAACUGGUUAUAAUGAGUCUUGGUGGAGCUGUUGGGGAUGCCGAUGUCACUUUGUCCGGUGAUGAUCAGGCGAAUAAUGUUGCUGAUAUGCUGUGGAGUUUGUUUGGCGGUGGUACCGAUGAGAGUCUCACUCCGCUACGCCCAUUUGGGGAUGUCAAACUUGAUGGAUUCGAUAUAGACAAUGAGUCCGGAGAUCCAACUGGAUACAGUACCUUCGUCUCCCGACUUCGAUCCAACUUUGCUCAAGACUCGAGCAAAACAUAUUACCUCACAGCAGCUCCCCAAUGCCCUUAUCCAGAUCAAUCAGUCCCUCUAGAUGUCUGCCAACAACUCGACUAUGUCUGGGUUCAGUUCUACAACAACGGUGAUUGCGAUAUUGCUCAAUCUGGGUUCAUCGAUGCUGUCCAAAACUGGAGUGAUGGAAUUGGUGAUGCCAAACUAUUCAUUGGAGCUGUGGCUAGUGAUGCCGACGGGGACGAAGGGUAUGUCGACUCGGGAACUUUGGUUUCGUCCUUGCAGCAAGUCGAGAGAUUGGGCUUGUCGAACUUUGGUGGUGCUAUGUUGUGGGAGGCACAGCUGGCUGUGAACAAUGAUAAUUAUCAGCAGGCUAUUGCUGCAGCAUUAUAA